AUGUCGUUCGUCCUCUCCAUCCGUGCUUCAACUCGCCAGGCCAUCCGGUCCAACUUUGCUGUCCCCGUCUCCGCAUUCCACACUUCAGCCAUUCGGAGUUUGAACGAGAAUGAUAGGAGCCGCGAGAACCUUGCUGAACAUUACGAAUCCCACAAACAAGAAGGCAUCCGCAACUCGAAGCAGGGCAAGGGGAAGUGGAAGUCCGAGCUGGCUAGUAACAGCGAGGCAGAUGUGAAAGCUGAUCGCGGUGAGUUAGACCGCGGCCAUCCCGUCGUUCAACAAAUGGAGCAGGCGGAAAAAGCUGCGCAUAAGAAAUAA